AUGGACGACGAAGAAGACGAAGAAGAAGAACCCACUCCCUCUGUGCCACUCGAGCGCGAGCGCAAGCCUUACAGUGCUAAUCCAGGCAUCGGGAAAGUCUAUGAAGAAUCUGGCCACAGUCACAGCCACGCGGGCUCCUUCUCCACGGCCCGACCUUCAGAUCCAAUCUACAAGGGAAAGGCAUCGGAACCACAUCCAGCACACCACAUGUCCGACCCCUAUGAUCGCGACCUGCACUACUCACGCUCGGGAUCGGGUCACUCUGCUGACAAGCGGUUCUCGCAUGACUCCCGCAGCUCGUCCCAGAAUGUGGAUAUUCGUGCUGGUGGCAGUGGUGGCGGUGACUAUAGGCAUUCAGAGGGUGAUUUGCAUGGUUGUGAUCAUGCAGCUAGAUAUGCAGGGCUAUCGGUACAUGAUUUGUUGUACAGCGAGUCACCUACUGCAAAUGGGUCCGAGGAUGAUGCGCGCGAGUAUCAUCGCAGUAGCCGGGAUAGGGAUGAGGACUAUUGUCGUGGAAGUGGGCAGGGCGGGGGAUCUGGGUCUUCGUAUGACAAGUCUGACCGGUAUUACCGUUGA